GGAAGUUUUAGGCCGGCGGGCCGGGUCGGGUGAUACGCGCCAAUCGUUCGCCAUCUGGGGCGCGCGCGGCCAUCUCGGGAUCCCGCCGGCGACUCGUAGCUCGGGCACGCGCCUGUCGCAGCCCGCAGGAAGGAGGGGUUCGGCCGGAGGCCUGGGGCGGCGGCCGCCAUGGAGAUCCCCUCGGCCCAGGCCUGGCGCCUGGGGCCUUGGGGGCGGUCCUGACCGCCCUCCUCCCUGUCCGGGCUGGGUCGCGGACGUGCCCCUCACGGCACUCGGCCACCUCUGCGUCUCCGCCCUCCCCAGGCCGCGCUGCUGCCUGGGCGCGGCGGCGGCGGCGGCGCCCUGUUGAAUGGGCUGUGAGGGCCCAGGUUUGAAGCUCUGGCGAACGCGGCCUCCGGGGGCGCAAGGCAGCAGCAGCGGUGGCGACCAAACGGGUGUUGGAGUUGGCGGCGGCCAUGGAGGGCCUGGCUGGCUAUGUAUACAAGGCGGCCAGCGAGGGCAAGGUGCUGACUCUGGCCGCCUUGCUACUCAACCGGUCUGAAAGCGAUAUCCGGUAUCUGCUUGGCUAUGUCAGCCAGCAGGGAGGGCAGCGCUCCACGCCCCUCAUCAUCGCAGCCCGCAAUGGGCACGCCAAGGUGGUGCGCUUGCUGUUAGAACAUUACCGGGUGCAGACUCAGCAGACUGGCACCGUCCGCUUCGACGGGUAUGUCAUUGAUGGUGCCACUGCUCUUUGGUGUGCAGCGGGAGCAGGACACUUUGAAGUUGUUAAGCUUCUAGUCAGUCAUGGAGCCAACGUGAACCACACCACAGUAACUAACUCAACCCCCCUGCGGGCAGCAUGCUUUGAUGGCAGACUGGACAUUGUUAAGUACUUGGUUGAAAAUAAUGCCAACAUCAGCAUUGCCAAUAAGUAUGACAACACCUGCCUAAUGAUUGCAGCAUAUAAGGGACACACCGAUGUGGUCCGAUACCUUUUAGAACAACGCGCUGACCCCAACGCUAAAGCACAUUGUGGUGCCACAGCAUUGCACUUUGCAGCUGAGGCUGGGCAUAUAGACAUUGUGAAAGAGCUAAUAAAAUGGCGUGCUGCUAUAGUAGUGAAUGGCCAUGGGAUGACGCCUUUAAAAGUAGCUGCCGAAAGCUGUAAAGCUGAUGUCGUCGAACUAUUGCUCUCUCAUGCUGAUUGUGACCGAAGAAGUCGGAUUGAAGCCUUGGAACUCUUGGGUGCCUCCUUUGCAAAUGACCGUGAGAACUAUGACAUCAUGAAGACAUACCACUAUUUAUAUUUAGCUAUGUUGGAGAGGUUUCAAGAUGGUGACAACAUUCUUGAAAAAGAGGUUCUACCACCAAUCCACGCUUAUGGGAAUAGAACUGAAUGUAGAAAUCCUCAGGAACUGGAAUCCAUUAGGCAAGACAGAGAUGCUCUUCAUAUGGAAGGCCUUAUAGUUCGGGAACGGAUUUUAGGUGCUGACAAUAUUGAUGUUUCCCAUCCCAUCAUUUAUAGGGGGGCUGUUUAUGCGGAUAACAUGGAAUUUGAACAGUGUAUCAAGUUGUGGCUUCACGCUCUGCACCUUAGGCAGAAAGGUAACAGGAAUACCCACAAGGAUCUUCUUCGAUUUGCUCAAGUUUUCUCACAGAUGAUACAUUUGAAUGAAACCGUGAAGGCCCCAGACAUAGAAUGUGUUUUGAGAUGCAGUGUUUUGGAAAUAGAACAAAGUAUGAACAGAGUGAAAAAUAUUCCAGAUGCUGAUGUCCACAAUGCUAUGGACAAUUAUGAAUGUAAUCUCUAUACUUUUCUGUAUUUAGUAUGCAUCUCCACCAAAACACAGUGCAGCGAAGAAGACCAGUGCAAAAUUAACAAGCAGAUCUACAACCUGAUUCACCUUGAUCCCAGAACUCGGGAAGGCUUCAGCUUACUGCAUCUAGCCGUCAACUCGAAUACCCCAGUCGAUGAUUUCCAUACUAAUGAUGUCUGUAGCUUUCCAAAUGCUCUGGUCACAAAGCUUCUGCUGGACUGCGGUGCUGAAGUGAACGCCGUGGACAAUGAGGGAAACAGUGCCCUGCAUAUCAUUGUUCAGUACAACAGGCCCAUCAGUGAUUUUUUGACCUUGCACUCCAUCAUCAUUAGCUUGGUGGAAGCUGGCGCUCACACUGACAUGACAAAUAAACAGAAUAAGACUCCGCUAGACAAAAGUACAACUGGGGUAUCUGAAAUACUACUUAAAACUCAAAUGAAGAUGAGUCUCAAGUGCCUGGCUGCCCGAGCAGUUCGGGCUAAUGACAUUAACUAUCAAGACCAGAUCCCCAGAACUCUGGAAGAGUUUGUUGGAUUUCAUUAAGUGACUGGAUGUGUAAAAUCGUUUAAUGUGGUGCUAAAAAGUAAAGGACUUUAAUCACAGACAAUAGAAUUAUGUGUUCAUAAAUUCUACUUUUCUUUUUACUACCCUUUCCUCCUAACCCAUCCUCCCUUCGUUCUAUAUUUAGCCUUAUUGCCUCUUACGGUAAUUGGCUUCAGAUACACCUUAAGCAGAGUCACGUAGUUUAGGUGUAACUAUAAUCUAAAGGUGUUUGGAUAUUGGUCACUUAACUAUUUUUUUUUUUUUAAAGAAAUGAGUAUAAGAUAUUUUGUUUAUGUAACAAGGAACAUUUAUGAUUUGAAACUGAUAAUGUUUUAAACAGCUACCUAAAGAAGUAUUUCUGUUAAAAGCCUGUGUCAGCAUGUUAUCCAUGCAGUAGUCUUGAGGAUUUAAUGAAGAAAAAGAUCUAAAAGGAGCAUUAAAAGGAAUGGGAUACCCAGGUGUUCUGCACAUGCCAAACUGCUGUAGAUGGUUUUCCCUCUUCCAUUAUUUAUGUGAAGUGGAACGACAGGAGGAUUUAAAAAAAUAGAGCUGCAGAUUACUCUGAAAAAAUGUGCUAAUUUAGUAGUAGUCACAAAUUUAUAAAGUAAAAUAAAUCUAUUGAAAUUGUUGUAUUAUUCUGGGUGAUAUAUUCAAAGUAGUAGUAAUCUUAAACCAGUUGUUUUCAGAGAAUAUUGAUGGACUUUUUGUCUUUAGACUUGAAUUCUAAAAUUCUUUUAAGUCUCUGUUUUAAUGUAAUUUAUCUAAAUUGCAGCAGUCUGCCUUGACUUCAGCUCCCAAACAUGUAACAAUGGUGAAUGCACAGUAUAAUCACGAUAGAGUUAAGCAGUGUAUUUUUGCCCCCUCUACCUUUCCCUUAUCCUCCUGUGUGGCAUCUUUGAAAAUUUGGAAACUCCUCUUCCAGAGGCCAUAAUUAGUGCCCCCUAGGUGCAGUUCUACUCUGAAGCACAUGGGGUCGCCGUGAGUCAGAAUGGGCUCGGUGGCAAAUGGUUUGUGUAAUAAGGUGUUUAUGACAAAUGAUAUUUUAAUUUUAUUUUUAUAUUUUUUUACUUAGCCCAUGACAAGGAGUAGAAGAAUCAUUAGUGUGGUAUAGGAAAUCAAAUGUUUUUGAUGAUGAAAAGUAAUUCAUAAUGCCGUUUUGAAAGGCAUUUCUGUCUGAGAGCAGCACAUUUUUAACCACAAAAUGUUACUUAUUCCAGCAAGGCUGUACAGAGGCCUUUAUGUUUUUUGUUUUGUUUUAUUUUAACUACCACGUUUUAACUGUGAGACUUAAGGGUAUUCUGUGAUUAUUUUUUAAGCAUCACAGAAAUUCGAGUAAAGGGUACAUGCUUAUUUCUGUUGAUGUUAAUAAUGAUAAAGAAAUUAAAAUUAGCUUGUAUCUGUAUUUUUCUCUCUAGUGCCAAAUGAAUGCCUUAGCUACUCAUAGUGCAUGGUACUGUAAAUGACGACCUGCAGCUUUUUUUUUCUUUAAUGAAAAGCAUUGUAAUGAUGUUGCAACAUCAGAUAUACACUAAACAAAAACAGCUGUAAAGUUUCAAGUAACAUUUUAUGUAUGAAAAUUACUUUGUGAAAUAUAAGAGGAACGGUUGCAGUUGAAUCAGUAUAACACCUAAUGACCAAGCCAAAAUCAGCACCUAGGGCCUUAAAUAAAAUUAGAUGAAAUCAUUUGAAAGGUGGGCGGGAAUGGAGGGGGGGGAGGGCUUUAAAAACUUUUCCCCCCAAGAAUGCAAGAUACCUUACAGUCGCUAUAUUAUACUUUGGGUGUCUUCCUGCUUGAGUUAGGAAUGUUCUGAUGAUAAAUUCUGCCAUGGCGAUAUAUUUCUAUUUUCCCAGCCUGAGAUUUUACAAGGAAGGUUUUUAGAAUAGUUUAAAGGGGAAGUAUUUUGAAUGAGACCUAAUUUGAAAUUACUGGCCUUGAUCCUCCUGGGAUGAAUCCAGGAAAGACCGUACCUUGCUCUUGGCAACUCUCGUGGCCUGAAAGAGAAAAUGUACUUCCUCAGCGUGAGGGAAUCAUGCCUUUUCCAUGGCUCAGAUUGGACCUUUUUGUUUUUUUCACUUCAAGGCCUACUUAUUUGACAGUUUGAGGAAUAGUUCAAGUGAGGUAUUCAGUGGGUGCCCAUUAUUUAGAUACGAUUUUUAAACACCAAAACAUAAAAUAUCAGAUAACGUUGCAUGUUUUAAAAACAUACUUCACCCCCUUUGCUAUGCAGAAUGAGCGCUAUUUUAGAUACUACUUAUAAAAUGAGGUUAAUGAUUACAUGUGCAUAGUCCGACAUCAAAAUUUAAUGACAUUCAAAUGGUUCUGAGAAGGGAGGACUGAAUGCUGGAGAAAGUAAAAUCGUGCUGAUUGAAAUGCUGGCAAAGUUGGAGAAAGAAUUUGAAGAUAGUAGAAUAAACUAUGAAUUAUGCUUAUGGUAACUGAUAAUUUUUUUACUAUAGUAGUACAUCGUGCACUAUAUUGCUAAGGAUGUCUUGUAAAAUAAAUCCAAAUAUGUAUUGUGAAACAGCUGUAUAAAACCAUUCUUGAAACAAGUGAUCUACAUGCCUGUUUUUAAAAUUUUGGGGGGUGGGUAGAAUUAUUUUAAAAUAUGUGUAGUCAAACCCUUUCCAAACUUGUGUGGUUUUUUUUUUUAAUGAAAAUAAAUAGGUAAGAAAGGUGAUAGUUCUGUAUCUCAGCUCUUUUUUCCAGCCUCUUUUGUCAUUUUAUAUUUAUUAUUGGUAGAAUUAUGCCUUGGAUUGUAACUCUUGAUAGCAUUACAAAUUAAUCAAAACUUCUUUGUCCUGUCAGUAAUUGUCAUAGAAUUUUGGAUGAACUAGAGGCCCAGGGGGAUGCUUUUCAUUUGCAGACCAUGUGAAACUGAGGUGGGUUUUGUCCUUUUAAUAGAGCUGAUGAAAUUGAACCCUUGCAUUUAGGUAACUGUUUAACUCAAGGAAUGGGCAGCAAAUCCACUGGUAAAGGAGGGGAACAUUUUUUCACAUAAGAACUCUGCCACUGACAACAUAGUUUUUUUCACUCCACCUUGGAUUGCUCUAGUAGUUCACAGUCCAACUGCCUUAAGUUUAUUUGCUGUGGGAACUUGAAACAAACCAAAAACCAGAGCAUUUGCAAGCUUUUGUCUUGCUUGAUUCUGGAUUGGGUUUUAUUUAACUGUACUAAUAGCUGAUUAAUAACUGGUAAUUGUGAGAAACCUAGAUGGUGUGAUAGUACUGUUUGAAUAAAAUAUGAUUUGGGGGCAGCAGCUCCCUAAAUACCAACUCUGUAUUUGGCAGUUAAAAUCCCAGGGGAACAACACCCUGUCACCAGUUUCCACUGUAGUUGAGGCAGCUGCCUUAUGAAAAAGACCAGUUGGGAUUAUUAAGGUAGAAGCAUUUCUCGUUUUGGAAGCGGGUGAGGUAAGGAGUGAAUUGCUGGUUUAGAAGCAGCCACUGGUUGACUAGUGAGUGAGUAGAUGGGUAAAAGUAUAAAAGACUGACUUUUAUGGUAGUUUUCUGUAAAAAUCUUAAAUGUUCCUUUUCAGGCUAGCGAUGUAUCAGUGUACAAAUGACUAUUCUGUUUUCCUCAGCCAAGACACUGACUAUACUAUAACAUUAAAAUAGGCUAAAGAAAACAAAAUGUUGCCUUUUGCUGUAUGAAAAUGUACUAGUCCAUAAGCUUUUAAGCUGUGUGUUCAUUCCUACUCUAAAAACGCACAACUCUGCUCUGGAUACCCUCUUUUGAAAGCAGAAAGCUCGUAGUUGUGUAUGUCUUAUUUGUAGGGCUUUUUCAUACAUAUUUGGCAGCCUUGCCCACAUCUUCAGACAGGCUCGGUUGCCUAGCAUCCUCCCUCAAAUAUGGAGUCUGAAGUACUGCACUGAUCAUGGUGAUAGAAACAUUAAUUUUUAAAACUGAAGUAAAUGUGGUCCCUAGUCCUAGGUUGUAGUGUGUACAUUUGUGUUGAUGUGCAGGGAAGGGGACAGUGACUUGAUGGCUGUGGGGUUUGUAUCUUGAUGUGUGUGCAGGGGCGAGCAUUGCUAACUUCACAGCUUUUUAUCUGGGGGAGUUGUGACGAAUGGUUCUAAUCAGCAAAAUAAAGGGAGAAGAUGCAAACUUGCCAAGUAAUGAAGUGAACAAAAGUCUUGUAUCUGCUUUUAUCAGGUGUUGUAAAAUUUGUGCAUGGCGUUUUUGUUGUUGCUUAGUAAGUAUUGGUAGAGAAGAAAAGAUAGGGGGAAGAAACUCAGCUUUCCUAACCCAUCGUUUCAGAGGUGCGUAGUUGGAGAGUAAAAUCUGACUGGCCUAACCUGUCCUUUAUAAUAAUACCCCAUCCUGCAACCGUCCACGUGGAGGACUGCGUUGUUAUUUUCUAGUAAUUCACUGUGAUUUAUAACAAACCGGUGACGUCAUUCUGUUGUGCGCUUUUGUCAAACCAUUUACAGAACUUUGAUAGACAUAGUAAACUUGCUGACUGCCCCAGAGGUCUAUUAAUGAUUUGUAUAUUGCAUGACGUUUUCUAUUUGAGUUUGACAUGUAGAAUUAUUUUUAAUUUCAUGGCAAUUGAUAGUCCUAAUAGCUCAGCUAAUUUGAAACUAACAAUCUUGCUGUGUAAAAGGAAAAAAUGGUGUUUGUGUUUAGUAAAUGUUUGAAAAAAAAAAACUGCCUUGAAGUUUGUGUCUUUAUUGUUCAGUGUGCCCUUAGUUGAGAUGAUCUUUCGUUGAGUUUAUUAAAAAAAAAAAUUACCGAAGUUAUACAUGUUCUUGGGAAAAAAAAAUUCAGAUAGUAAAGAGAAAUUCAAAUAGUAACAAUAAAAAAAUUUCCUUCCCUUCUCCCACCUCCCAUUUGGACCCAACAGGCAAUCAUUGGUAGUAUUUUGAGUAGUUUCCCAGAAUUUUUUGUGCAUCUGUGUAUUAUUUCUCCCUUUCAUUUUUUAGAAUGCAAAUGGACUUUACCUUUCCUACACUAUUCUCUAUCUUUAUCAUAUAAUAGAUCUGAGAUAAUUUUUCAUUUCAGUAUGUUUGGAUAAAAAAAAAAAAACCUUCAUA